AUUUAUUUUUUCAGAGCACGUCCAUUUCUUUUAGCUAUAAAUGGUCGUGUUCUAAGUUUUUCUGCAACUCAUCUCCUCCAUUAGAACUCUCUUUUGGAGCUUCCUUCGUUCGUUUCCUUUUUCCUGCAUUACCGAGUGGAAGCAUCUGGGUUUUUCGAGGUGCAUUUCAAUAUGAAUCAAGAUGAACAACGGGAUUAUUUUGAGUUGCAGGAAACGGAAUACCCAGAAACAGUUCCAUCGGUUCUUAAACAUAAAUCUUCAAAACAAGUCGUUUUAGAAAGUGAAGCAUCUGGUUUGUCGAACACAAUUAGUGCUAUGCAAUCUAUUUCAAUCAGCAUGCCAUCGGCAGGUAACAAGAUUAUUACCGUUGUUGAUGAAAAUGCACAAGGUUUUAGCAUUAAUGGAGUUGGUGGUGAUUCUUGUCCGCCAUUAGAGACACUCGGUAACAAUGCCGAGCCGAAAGCGGUCAUGUUUCUGUCUCGGCCGAUGUCGAAAGGAUCGAGUAUCGGUGAGGCGGAUAACGAUAGUCAAAGGUUCAAGGAUAAAAACUUUGAUUCUUUCAAAACAUGGUCCGGGAAACUCGAAAGACAGAUAACGAGUUUAAGCGGAAGGUCUCGGAAAUUCGAUUCGGAAGAAGAGUCUACGCAAAAUCCCGAGAAUGAACCCUUGCCAGUUGAUCGAUACUUUGAUGCGUUGGAAGGACCAGAGUUGGAAACCUUGAGGUCUACAGAGGAGAUUAUGCUACCGGACGACAAAACUUGGCCUUUCCUCCUUCGGUUUCCGAUAUCUUCGUUCGGUAUUUGUCUUGGAGUAGGCAGCCAAUCUGUAAUGUGGAAAGCCUUGGCCUCUACUACAUCAACAAGGUUUCUUCACAUAAGCUUGACAGCAAAUCUCAUCCUAUGGUGGAUAGCUGUGGCACUAGUCGCCGUUGUUUCUUCAAUAUACUUAUUGAAAGUGAUCUUAUACUUCGAAGCCGUUCGUCGUGAGUAUUACCACCCGAUCAGGGUCAACUUUUUCUUUGCCCCUUGGAUAUCGCUUUUGUUCUUAUCUCUUGGACUGCCACCUUCGGUCUCAUCGAACUUGCCUGAGCCUCUUUGGUACAUUCUUAUGACACCAAUAUUGUGUUUGGAGCUUAAAAUCUACGGACAGUGGAUGUCGGGUGGUCAAAGGAGGCUUUCGAAAGUGGCUAACCCUUCGAACCAUCUCGCAAUCGUCGGGAACUUUGUUGGGGCAUUGUUGGGUGCAUCAAUGGGGCUUAAAGAAGGGCCUAUAUUUUUCUUUGCUGUUGGACUGGCUCAUUAUUUAGUCCUUUUUGUAACACUUUAUCAAAGGCUUCCAACAAAUGAAACACUCCCAAAAGAGCUCCAUCCUGUAUUCUUCCUUUUUGUUGCAGCACCGAGCGUUGCUUCGAUGGCAUGGGCUAAAAUCCGAGGCUCCUUCGAUUACGGAUCACGGAUAGCUUACUUCAUUGCCUUGUUCCUUUAUUUCUCACUGGCGGUUCGGGUUAACUUUUUCCGAGGAUUCAAAUUCUCGUUGGCUUGGUGGGCCUACACAUUCCCGAUGACCGGUGCCGCCAUCGCGACCAUGCAAUACUCAAGCAUGGUGACGAAUGUAUUAACUCAAACUCUCGCCGUCAUACUCUCUCUUGUUGCUACACUCACAGUAACAUCCCUUCUAGUAACGACUAUGCUGCACGCCUUUGUCCUACGGGACCUCUUCCCUAAUGACGUCGCCAUUGCCAUUAGUGACCGAAAACCAAAACAUCAUAGGAAGUGGUUUCAUAUCCGACAUGGAGGGUCGGAAUGGAGUAAAGACAUCGAAACAUUCUUGAAAUUCGCAAACACCAGCAACAACGAUAUAGAAGCUGCCUUAAAUAUAUCCAAUGAUGAAGCUAAACGAGUGUAAAAAGCCUCAUACAUGGAUCGCUACGAUCGGCUCUUGUGUUUCAACCUUUAACAGGUUCUUGCAAAGUUUGUUUCCCCAUUUUUCUUGCCAAGUUUGUUUUCCCCAUUUUUCUUUGUUGAAUCUUCAACAGAGAAAAAGGUUUAGGAAUGUGUAAAAUCUUGCUGAGUUGUAAAUUGCAGUAUAUAUAUAUGAGACAUGUUGAUACAUUCAAGUUUGGCAAAACAUAAAGGAACCACCUUUGUGCUAAACCACCAGUACAGCUUGAUGUUAACAAUGUGCCAAAUAAUGUCCUGUUUUUGCUGACUGGCUUUAUGGUCAGGCUUGAUCAUGAAAUAAUUUUUCUUUUUA